AUGGCAAACAACCCUGCCAACGACCUUAACUCUAGAUUAGAAGAAGGAACACCACUCAAGAACACAGAUGCCACACCAACCUCCCCAAAGAACACAAACAAACCCAAGGAAGACAAACAACCUCAAAACACAGAAAUCUUAGAUGCCAUCCGUAACCAGCAGGAUCGCCUCAAACAACUCGUACAAGAGGCCAAACAUCAGCAAGAGGCCGAGAAAGACCUCCAGAGAGAAACAAGACAACGUCGAGAGCUGGAGGACAAGCCCUUAAAGCUCGAAGCCGACCUUAAAACUAAGACCAUUCUAUCCAGCCGCGAAGAUAGCCCUCACAAGGACCAAGACCCGUUCACAAAGGAGAUCAUGAAAGCUAAAGUCCCAAAAGACUUCAAAGCCCCCAACAUGACCCCGUAUGAUGGUACGUUUGAUCCGAGUCAUCAUCUCAACAAUUUUAGAAGUCGGAUAUAUCUCACGGAUGCCUCAGAUGCUAUCCGUUGCAAGGCCUUCCCGACCACCUUGACCAAGACAGCAAUAAAGUGGUUCGAUAGCUUGUCGCCAAGGUCGAUAACAAGCUUCGAUGACCUCGCCAAGAAAUUCUUAGCUAGAUUCUCCAUCCAGAAAGACAAAGCCAAGCACGCUCUAAGCCUGCUAGGGAUUAAGCAAAGAGAUCGGAAAAGCCUCUGUAGUUACAUGGAGAGAUUCAAUAAAGCGUGCCUGGACAUACAAAAUCUUCCAACAGAAGCAGCCAUCAUGGAUCUCAUCAAUGGUCUACGAGAAGGACCCUUUAGUCACUCCAUAUCCAAAAAGCAACCAACAUCUCUCAACGAGGUUCAAGAACGGGAGGAAAAAUACAUUAAUACGGAGGAGAACUCCCGAUUAGGAGAAACCUCAAAGACCGGAUUCUCCUACCCACAUCGGGACAAGGAUAAAGAGUCCAGGAAGAAAGAAGACCAACCCAUUGAGAAACACAGAAAGUACCACAACUACACCCCUCUUCGGGUGUCUCUUGUGGGCAUUUACCGGGAGAUAUGCAACACUGAGAAGAUCCCACCGCCUUGCCCGAUUAAACACAAGAGAGGAGGAAGUCAGACAGAGUAUUGCAAAUACCACCAAAUCUACGGGCAUUCUACCAAUGAGUGCUACGACCUAAAGAAUGUCAUAGAAAAAUUGGCACGAGAAGGGUGA